AACCAACAUUUUCAUUUUGGUCAUUCCAUACUGCCAGUCGUGAAUGAGUUUGGAGACGAGCAGCAUUCGGAAUUUUACUUGGCUUCUGAACUAAUAGGAUCUUGUCGCUUCUUCUCAAACCUCAUAAUCCAGAGUUUUCUUCAGUAGAAUAGCUGGAAACAUGGGUCGAACGAAGCAGAAAAGUCCUCGUCGCCCACCCGCCGUCAUGCUCCCACGACCAGCCCGUCAGCCCCGUCGGGGCGCGGAUAACAACGUGGCGGCAGUUCCUGCUUCACCAUCACCUCUUCUCGCACCGGAAAUGAGAGGACGUCAACUUCAAGGGGCCUGCAUGGGAGUGCAACGAUCAGGGAGGAGGGGCUCAUCACCACCACCACCUGAGAACGUAGCCCAACGCCCACCACAGAACGAGAAUCCUCUCCCAAGAAAUAAUCCUGGCUGCAAUUUGAGAGGUGUAGCUAACCGCAUAAUACCGUUGACUGAAUAUUUCUGCGGUGGUGGAGGCCCCCCUUCUCUUCCUUCCGGUAGUAUCAGAGUCAUGGAGCAACCCAUGCAACAGGCUCCACCAGUUGGCCAUCUAAUUCACGGCAGGGACGUCGACCACAAUCCUUCCCUCGACGAUACUUUCACAAUCGACAGCAGCGAACCAAGUAUCAUCAUGAUAUCCAGUGAUGGGUCCGAAUAUCUCCCUCCCAACCGUAACCGUACUCAGCGGAAGAAUGCGAAUCCGGCCAAGUCCACGGUUGGUGCAAACGGCGUCCUCACACCGCCACAACUUCAACGUUCUCGUUCCCGUAUCCCUGCUAAACGAACUGUCCCAAAGCAGGGGAGGUGCAUCCAGCCUUCAAGAUACCGACCAGGGGUCGUCGCUCUCCGAGAGAUUCGUCGAUACCAGAAGACAACAGAGCUCUUAAUUCCCAAGGCACCCUUUCAACGCCUCGUCCGAGAAGUGUGUACAAAUAAAUUUCCAAAACCCUUACGAUGGACCCCGCUCGCACUGGAAGCUUUGCAGACAGCGGCGGAGGACUACGUCAUUAGCAUUUUGGAAGAGGGCAACCUAUGUGCCUUACAUGCAAAGAGGGUCACUCUCAAACCCCACGACCUUCGAUUGGCGAGACGAAUCCGAGGAGAUGACAUCAUGGGUUGUUCCUCUCGAUAUCGCUAAACCCCAAUGCCAUCGUUAUGUUUUAGAUAGAGAAAAAAUCUCAAGUUUGAUUCAACUCUCGUUUUGUUUAAUUCAGUUUUAAAAUUUUAUAUCACGUCAAAUAAAUCUGCAAUCUAAGUAUAAAAUUUUUGCCUCAGGUAAUUACAAAUAUUAUUUAUGAGGUAUAAAUUAGUCACUGUUUAAUUAGUUAAAUACAAAUCUGUCCCGCACUGCGAUGCUAUUUAAGUAUACGUAUUAUUAUCACAAAAAUUUGUCUAAAAGUAAAAUAAAAUAUGCAACUCGUAUGAAAUAUUUACUAAAA